CUUAAAGUUAUUAUGGGCACCGAUUGUGGAUUCGGUUUAUUGGAGGCGAUUGGGACGUCGAAAAUCGUGGAUGGUGCCGUGUCAGUACCUGAUCGGUAUAUUCAUGUUGGUUUUAUCGUAUAAAGUGUCCGAUAUCAUGGGCGAGAACGGAUCUCAAGCCGGUAAAGCACCAAAUGUAUUGUUUUUGAUGUUUGUAUUUCUACCACUCAAUUUNUGUCCAGAAAAGUUCCAAAAAAUACGGAGGAAGAACGUAGGAUAUGCAUCGACUUGCAAUGCAGUCGGUCAAACAGCUGGUUUCUUUUUAGGGAAUGUCGUUUAUUUAACACUUGAUUCGCCGGAUUUUGCCAAUCGAUUCUUUAGGAGUACACCACAACCAUAUGGACUCGUCUCACUGUCUGGUUGGUUUUAUUCGAAUUUGUUGUUGGAAUGCUCAUUCAGUGUAUUUAUUCAUGGAUGA